ACCUUUUUGACCAGUAUUAUUUUAGACAAGCGAUAACAUUGCUCAUCCCAUGGUAACCCCAUUCUACCGCAGUUAAAACGUUUGACAUGCAGUGUUUCUUCAUUUCUCUAAAAGUUUUAAGGAGAAAAGGCAAGAAGAUGGCUGAAAUGAAUGGUUUGAGGAGCACUGACUCUUCUUCCAUGAGGGGACAGCCUCACUCUGGUGGGUUUGAGGCGCAAGAUCAAUGUCCAACAACUAUGACUUCCAACUUUGAAGAUUAUCCUGAUCACCAUCAUGCCAAGAAGUCAGUCCUGGCCAAGGUCAAGGAAAAGGCAUUAAAAUGGAGGAACUUAUUAGCCAAGAAGAAACAAGUCAACGACAAAGCCAAUGAAACACCUGCAUGGGGAGUUAGCUUAGAAGAAGAAGAAGAUGAUGAUGAUGAACAGAAUCCUGAGUUCCGUGGAGCACCAAGUAACCAUUUUUUACACACAAAAACGCAUGUAAAUACAUAUAUAUCCUCUGUUUUGAAUUCUAAUCUUUGUUCUCAAGUGUAUGAAUCUGAAAGAGCACCUGAAGCUUAUCAAGGAGGUGAAGUGAUGGAGCAUAAGAAACCACCAGUUCUGCUGCACAGAAACCCAGCUCAAGAAUUAGCCAUGAAGCAUGUGGAUGAACUGGCUUUGCACCACCUUGAUGAGUUCAUAGAGACGUCAACUCCACGUUCAAACAGCAAGCCCAUGCAUGAUGAUCUCAAUGAAGAGAAGGCUCGUUGUCUUGCACCACACCCAACUCCUACUCAUGAUCUUAACUCUGAGACAAAGAGAGACAACACUAUAAAGAAGAGUGCCAGCCAGAAGACACUAACAGAGGCAGUCUCAAAGAUUCUAGCACCAGCUUGCAACAUGGUUUCAGAUGCAACACAAACCAUAGUUUCCAAACUUCAACAUCCAAGUGUUGAUGAGGAGAUUGGUUCUAAGAUGAAAUAUGACAAAGGUGUUUCAGUGAAGGAGUUUGUGUUGCAGAAGCUGGAGCCUGGAGAAGAUGACAAGGCACUCUCUAAGGUGAUCACAGAGUCUAUGAGCCCCAGGAAGAGCAACCAAGCUGGAGAGAAGGGUGUGAUGGAGAAGUUCAGAGAGGCAGUCAGUUCACUUCUAGGGAAACAAGAGGACAGGAAGACACCAAUUCCACUCUCAACAAACCCUCAAGAAGUUGAUGUUAAAUAAGCAGGGGGAUGAAACUGAGAAACACAACACAACUGGAGAGAAUCCCAUAUUUCUAUGAUUAAUAAUUAUAUAAUCAGUAAUAAUAUCUAGAUGCCUUGUUAGUUUUGGUUUUGCAUCCAUUUUGUUUGUGGACUGAUGUAUUAUUAUCUCCAAGCAUCUAAUAACAACAGAUAAUUCGAUUGUGUU